AUGGCCGCCUUAUUGAAAACAUCAUAUCCUUGGAUCAAACUUCCAUUGAUCGUAUCGGCGCCGAUGCUGAAUGCGGCCACUCCAGCUCUCGCAGCUUCAGUCAGUCAAGCAGGAGGCAUUGGUUUCCUCGCAGGAGGCACGAAGCCCGCUGAGCUCGACAAUCUUCUGACAAAGACCACUGCUCUAUUCGGCGCCAAGUCACAACAUAGGCGAGGUUCAAAUCAGGUCUUGCCCAUCGGUGUUGGCUUCCAGAACUGGGGCUGUGAUCUGGAUGCUAUGUCGCCCAUCUUUCGAAAACACUGCGUUGCUGCAAUAUGGCUCUUCGCUCCAAAACAACUCUCGGAUUUCAGCUCAUGGGCUCGCGAGAUCCGAAGCGCUAGUGGGGGACGAACACAAGUUUGGAUCCAGGUCGGGACAGUCCUCGAGGCACUGGAAGUGAUGAGACUGGCUCGUCCGGAUGUCCUGGUUGUGCAAGGAACAGAUGCUGGUGGUCAUGGACUACGACAGUCUGCUAGCAUCAUAUCUUUGCUGCCAGAGACUAUAGAUGCCCUUAAGGCCGCCGGAUAUCCCAAUGUACCCGUGCUGGCUGCCGGUGGCAUUGUUGAAGCCAGAGGAGUCGCUGCUGCGCACACUCUUGGUGCCGCUGGAGUUGUUAUGGGUACAAGGUUUCUCGCCGCCGACGAAGCUGGGAUCGCCCGAGGUUGGCAGAAUGAGAUUAUUCGUGUCGGCGAUGGCGGUACUUCUACCAAGAGGUCGACACUCUGUGAUCGUCUGAAGGAGACCAUCGGAUGGCCAGAACACUACGAUGGAAGAGCCAUCACCAACAAAGGACACCUGGACGAAGACUCGGGCUUGUCUGAUGCCGAGAGCGUGCGGUUGUACAAGGAAGAGUUGAAGAAUGGGGAUGAGGCCUGGGGUGAUCAUGGCAGGAUGGUGACAUAUGCUGGUACUGGGGUCGGUCUCAUCAAAGUACGCAAGCCUGCUGCUCAAAUUGUGCAAGAAACGUCUAAUGGUGCCUUGGAAAUACUACGACGUGGUGCUGGAGUUCCAGACUCGAAGCUUUGA